UUUCAGUUUAUCAUUGUGUUCUAAAUCAAUAUCAUAUACAUUAAAUGAUUUUGUGUAUUACUCUUUAAGAAGACCUAUUUCAUAACUUAACGUUUGUUUGUAUGUGGGAGUAUAUGGAGAGAAUACAUCAUUUUUACAAGUCAAGAGAAUAUUUUUUACGAAAUGGAAUCCGAGCUUGUUACACCUACAAAUGAACCCGGACACACGAGUAUAACAAAAUUCUUGAAUAAUCAUGAAUGAGGAAUUGUCAAAUAUAUUAGAACAAGCGUUACAGUAUGCAUCACCACUUCCGGUGAUGUCAUCAACGGAAAACAUAGCGACCGACUCGCCGGAAGAUGCAGGCAAAUCCAAUUUGCUGCUUCAGCAUACAGGUAGUUCAUAUUUGGAACAUUUGUGUGCUAUUUCUAUGGACGCAGAUGAGGAAGGUACUGUCUUGCUGUCGAAUAGCUCAUUGAAUACACACCAAAAUACGCACGGAUCUCAGCCUUCACAUUUCCCGCUCAUUAAAUCUCCAGAAGAGAACUUUCCCGAUGAGUGCCAUAGCAACCAGGGUAAUUCGUUUUAUCAACUAGGGUUUGCAAAUCAUUGUAUAGAAUCUCUUGAUCAAAGUAAUACAGCAUUUGACAAUCGCGAAAAAGAGUUUGCUCAUAUUGAAAUACACGUCACUGAAGAUUCGGUAGAUUCAGACUUUGCACAACUGGAACCAGCAACGUCAUUAACGGAAAUACAUCCAGAUUCUACUUCUGAUGUGAUAAAUGAUAUCCAUGACAUUGCUGAUGCAUGCUUACGAUUCGAAAACGAGUCUAAGCCUUCAGCGGACAGCACUGUGAGUACCGGAAAGGAUGACGUCAAACCGAAAGUAAAGAAAAGAAGGCGGAGAGAAAAAAAUCCAGACCCACCCCCACCCCCGAUACUUCCUCCUUGUGACAUAUGUAACAAAACAUCAUCCGGAUACCACUACGGAGCAAAUACUUGUGAAGCCUGCAAGGGAUUUUAUCGACGGACGUUGAAGAAAAAGGAAGUGGAUUACAAAUGUAAAUGCACACCGGAUGAGAAAGAGGCAUGGAAACGAGGCCCUUUUCAAAAUGGCUGCCCGGCGUGUAGAUAUGAAAAAUGUUUGGAAGUCGGCAUGUCAAAAAAUGCAAUUAAGAUAGGGCGAUACACAUUGAACCAUAAGACAAGAAACAUCAAGAAGAUUAAGUCUAUUGAGACGAUUGACAAUCUCAUAACAGCUUUAACAGAAACUGUCUCCGAUUCAAGUCCUGUGUCAGCUUCCGGUUUAGAUGAGGAAGUUUCUAGAUCCCCGUCAGCAUCACCUGUAGAUAUAUCGGAACUUUCUAUUGGCUCAUCAUCCACUUCACUUGACAGCUUCCAGUCAAUCAACGCACUCAUCACAUCUCCGAAAGAAACGAGAAACCCUGGAAUUAGCUUGAAGGAGAUAGAUUGUAUAGUGAAGACCUUGACAGAAGCCCACACCACUUUGAUAGUUGAUGAUAGAGCGAAUAUACCUACCGAAACUAUCAAGAAGAAGCAAGAUGAAUAUUUGGAGAAAUAUAGACUGAAAAUGGAACUUUUCGGGAGUAUGAGAAAUAUCACGCACGAUGAAUUCAAGGAGUUUUACAAUGCAACAGGAAUCGAUAUAGACGGCCGUCUUGAGAGAGCCGAUACCGCAUUUAAAUAUUUUGAAGAUAAGAUAGCAAUGGUUGUCGCAUUUGCUAAGGCAAUUCCAGGAUUCAAAGAAUUAGGUCUAGAUGACCAAGCGAACUUGAUAAAAGCUUCCCGUGUAGAAACUAGUUUAAUUUGUGCGUACAAGAACACGAUGAGAAACCUUGACAUGGAGAAAAGGGUGGUGACACUGCCAUGGGGAGCGUCCUUGCAUUUAGACGAGCUCGGAAAAUUCUUACCGAUGGAACAUCUUAAUGCACGAUUCCAGUUUGCAAAACAGUUGGCAGAUCUUAACUUGUCCGUCCAAGAAGAAUGCAUUAUUCGAGCCAUUCUUACUCUCUUUACUGAUCGUUGCAAAUUGGAAGAGCCUGAAAAGGUGGACACACUCCAGGAGAAAAUGGUCAUGUGUCUCCAACAUUUGAUAAACAUCCGGCCCGGUGGCUCUGGGACACUGCUGUAUAAGAUAUUCAAUAUCAUCACAAACUUACGUGAACUCACGGACAAGGAAAUGGAAUAUGCCAAAAACUUACUUGUUGAGUGGCCAAUGUUAAAUCUGAAUAGUUACCACCUUGUGAGGGAAUUUCUGGGCUGAUUUUUUUUUAUCUGUUCCGGUGGUUUUGGCGGGAAAACGGAGGACAUUGGCGGAAAGAGCCUCGAUUUGAUACUUUUACCGGUGCGUGGACGAUUUAAUACUAUAUUUCAAUAAGCGCCUGAGGUGUCAAAGUUCAGAACAUUGCAAGUUAUAAACUUUUCUUGUCAAAGCAACUUGCGCGUGACCGAUUUGAUAAAAGUAAUCGGACAAGUAGAUGUGUCUUGAUAUGUGUGCUUAUUUACUGCACGUAAUGUACGUGUAUAUGUACAUGUAUAAAAUCGCAUUCUCUCUGUUAUCUAAACAAUAGCUAACAGUAACUCGUGUUUUUCAUACAAUGCUAUUGUCUACUUUACGUUACAGCUGCUUUGUCAUUUCAAGUUAUUUCUUUGAAAUAAAAUCAUGAAAUUAUCUUAAAA